CACAGGAAUAAAAGGGCGUAUUUUUGGGGGAAUAGUUCGAUUCUUCCCUCGCUGCAAUCAACAGGUUGCCUAACUUGCCUUCGCACAGUUUUCAGCGCGUGCUUGCUAAAUAUAAUUAAAGUUUAUGUAAUAACCAAUCGAUUGUCCGAUAGAGGCAAUAUUAAUUUGAUAUUGUAAAAGACAACUAAAAUUUCGGACCUUGUGUUAUUAUCUUUUUCUCGCCGGAAAAAUACAUUAUUUUAUAUACAGAAAUUUAAAUCGCGGUGUCUGACGAAUUAGGUUGUCUCUUUCAACAUGACACAACGCGUGGUGUCACUUGUACCUCUGUUGCUAUUGGCAACUAUAGUUUGUGGCGAUUACUGGAGCUCAAACGAAGAUGUAGUGAACCAUUUGGACGAGCCUCAAGAUUCGUUGCUGCGCGAGGUGUCUUCAACCACACCUAACCCAGCGCACCGGGACGCCAACGCUACUUUAUCUCCCAUUGAAUCCUUUGCUCUGAAUCGUGAGCGUGCUAUCCAGCAGCUGCUCGGCAAGGUGUUACGUGCGCUUGGUCCAGAGUUUGUGGCUCGACUGCCCGUUGCUCCUACGAACGCUACCCUCACGCCCCUCAACUCCGCCCUCAGAGUCGGCACUGGCACUUGUCCUGAGAGAUACCGGCGAUGCUCGUCGCAAACAUUCUACCCUUCAUGCGAGGUGCCGCGUAACACAGACGAGCAGAUGUGGCAGCAACGCUUCACGCUCUUCUUCAAUAUAUCUUCUGAGAUAUCGUCCAUCCGACGCAACAACGUCUUGAAUGCAACCCUGCGUCUCUACAAACUCAGGAUCGCGCUCAUCGAGCCCACGACUUUCAUUGUUAAACUUCACGUCUUCACCAAGAGUCUGAAGCGCAACAGGGAGCGCAGCAGGGUGGUAGCGUCGACGCAGCUAUCGAGCGACUACGAAGGCUGGGUGUUCCUGAACGUAUCGUCAUUCGUGCAACGUCUCAAGAACCGCAACAACCACGGCUUCAAGAUAUCCAUUCAGAACGAGAAGAAUGUGCCAUGGAAUAUCCCUAACUUCUUCGUUAAAAUGGACUGUAAAGCAUCUAAUGAGAGUCUGAUCCCACUGCCGUUUGAAGUGCAGCUUGACGACAACACGCAACGAUACCCCGCUCUCAACAUUCGUUCAGGCACGCAAGAGGUCGAGACUGAUAACGAUUAUCUUAAUGCCGCCGAUAAUUUUUCUGGUAAUCUUCCUCCUCAUCAAGAUAUGCAUCUAGGACAAGAUGAAGAAAUGGGUAACCACCAAGCGAUCGGAAACUCGUUCAGUCAAAGUCAUAUCGGCAGAAUUCAGUUAGAAGGACAGCAAAAAUUAGACCGGAUGCUCAACCCCCACCUCUAUUCCUCAGUUGAGCAUCACCAGAGAGACGGAAAUCGGAUGAUCAUUGGUGACUCGCAAGAUUACGACACCAUAAGUCACAGUGAGAAUGAAUCGCUCCCAGACGACAGCGAUCUUAGUUACGGCUACCACGACUCUGCAGGCGCCGGCGAAACUGAGCACGACAUCUACAGCGAUCCGCAGCUCCGGUACAAAAAGCAAGCUCCGUUGUUCCCCGCGCACAGACAUGAAAAUGACCAGCAAUAUGAUAUGCAAGGUGAACAUCAGCAAGACAGUCAAUACCAUUAUGAUGAUGGUGUAUAUGACAUUUAUGAUGACCCCUUCCAUUCAGAAGUCGAUGCUAGCUCUGGUAUAAGUAUGAAUAGAAAUUUGACAAUAUCUAACGAUAAUUCUACUUCAGAGGGAAAUACUUCAAACAGUCUAUACCUUCGAAGAGAGAACGACUAUAGCAACGAACGUAAAGCUCCUCACUUCGAAGAAGACUCUGAUGCUGCACAGCAUCAUUUGUUGGACUCCGCUGAACACCACAGAUCGUUUCCGCGUUCCGAAAACCACUUCGGGACCAGGAAUUUUAACCACUCUUAUCGCAGGUCUAAUCGCCGUCACCACCACCACCACCAACCACACCACAGCCACCCUCACCGCCAUCAUCCCCGCGCCUAUGCUUCAACACACCGUCGCCACAGACCACACACCCAAAACCAGAGCGACCAUUUGGUCGAAGAAGCUCUUCCUCAAAUCCCCAUCACUGAUGAGAUGGUAGUGACCACGGUCUUGCCGCAGUGAACCGCAGUCUUCUGAACGAAUGAAGUAUGCAACCCAUCCUGUAACUACCUCUUAUUUGUUAUCGCUAAGACCACUUAGUCCAUAGAGCCGAAGUGCAAAUGAGUAUUUAUUGUUUAACUUCUCAGUCUAUAAGUUGUUAUAAGGAGCUUGUGGCUAUGAGAAGCUAACAACGUCUUCCGUAAACUAUUGUUUUAAGAUUGUUGAAUGAUUUAUAUGGCCGAGAGCUCUAACGAUUAUUUUAACUUGGCAUUAUAGGUAGGAUUUUAGUGAAUCACACUAUUUAUAGGAAUUGUGUUAAGAAUCUAUUGCUGCCACGCAUAUCAUAUUUGCCUUUUUACGGUAGGAACUUCUAUCCACACUUUACACCAAAGUUUGGUCAAGAGAUUUACGAAUAUCUCGUCUAUUCACGAUUGAGAGAUGCAAACGUCAUUAACUGUAACUUGAUAUGUUUUAGUCUCCUGCCUCUGCUCCGAUCUUGCAGCGUUUUCGUCGAUGCACUGCAACAAAUUCUACUUCCCGAGAAAGUUCGGCUGUAAACCAUAGAAGUUGCACUUAUUGAUCUGUUUUAGAAUGCGCUUACUUGUUUCCUAAAAUUACGCGUCUUAAGAGGAUGAAUUAGUCGGUUGCUAUAAUGCGUCGAAAGGAUAAACGCUCUAAAUGAUCAAUAUUAUGUGUGCCAUUCUGGCUGAAGAUUGCAUGGCGAAGUACUUUGCCUUAAAUGGUACAUGAGGCUCGGGUGAAGCCGUGAAAGAGGCUAUAUAGCGCGUAAAUUUUGUCAUCUUCUUUUCAGUAGUGCAAUGUUAACUUAGCUCUAUACUUCCUUGCACUCCGCGUCACUACAUGUUCAAUGUGUUUAGAAAACUCAAUUACAAUAUGAGUAAUCAACUUUUUGAGGGUUAAGUGCUUUCCGAAAAAAUUUUUUCCGUUGUUGCGCUACUGGAUAAGUUUAAAAUAAGUUUUUAAUUCUAAGAUUUUCGCUUGCAAUUCCAACAAGUCAUAUUGUACACGUUAAUGUAUUUUUCAUCAAAAAAUUGAGCAGUAGUCGUGGGCAACAUCAGUGAGGCGUAAUUGAAAGGUUGUGCUAGCAUAAGCAUCUCGUUUACCCUUUGCAUUAGGACGAUCAUUCCAUCACCAAACUAAGAGUUCUUACUUUUUCUCUUAGUUUCGAUAUCCAAUAGUCUUCUUUCAUUCUUUCAAAUUGUUUGUGUGAAAAUUAUAUGGAUGUUUCGUUUGAAAAUGAUCAACAUUUCGCUGUUGAUGGUACAGAUGGACUAACAUCAGAUCUUUGAACCCAUGUAUGGCCCUCCUAUUACUUACCCAAGUCAGUUACUGACCGUCCUAUGUUGCCAGGUGUUCGUCUUUGCACCUAACAUUAUAGGUUAGGUGAAGGCCGAAUUGUGGUCAUAUUUUUCGAUCAAUGAAGUCACAGAUUACGUCAUAUUAUUCAUUUAAUGAUACACUAAUUGACAUCAAUUUAUUAAAAUUGAUUUUUUUAUCUAAUUUGACAUAUUUGUUAUUGUAUUAUGCUCUGACAACCUUUAAAUAAGUUAGCUUUUUAAAAGCGUUUGCUGGCAAGCACUAUGUUCAAUGUGAACAUCAACAGUUGCGUCUCUGUAUUUUAAAAGCAUUUUGGCAUCGCAUUUGAAGCUUAUCGUUCAAGGAGGCCAUCCAUUAAUAUUGUCUUCUUUCACUUCGGUAGUUUUCAUGAAAAUUAUUUCUAAUAAUCUUAUAAAUAAUCUAUGUAGAACUACGGAUGUCGGUAAGCUGGCUCCACACGGUGCAUCAUCGAAUUCAUUGCUUGGACAGAACUUCUCAUGAAGUAUAACAACGAUUCUAGUCUUCCAAUGUGCAUGACAUAUAUGUAUGAUAUUCGUUUUAUAUAUAAAUUAUUUCAAAACUUAAGUGGCGCAGAUAUGUAAAUUCGAUCGUAUUGAUCAAGAUUGCUGUUUCACUUCAAAUUUAUAAGGUGUUUUAAAACAAGCUCUGUUAUAAUGAAGCAACCUUUCCUUCAUUCAGAAGUUCAAAUUUAUUCCUGCGCCUAUCGCUUACCAGCGCCGCUUCUGACCAUAUACUCCAGCUAGCUGCAUUUUUUAGUUCAUAUAACUUGUAGCCUUGAGCAUGGACAGAAUUAUAAAACGCUUUCCCCUCAUGUUCUUGUGAACUAUAUUCUUAUAGAUCAGCGAGUUGCAGGAGGAAUGCCGCUCACCUUGUAUGAGCAAAUGUUUUGUUUAGGCCAGCAAUAACCCACCGUAAUCUUUUUGUAGACGGAAGUCCAAGGAAUGUAUGUAGCUUAAUUCAAUGUUUAUUAUUGCCAUUUAUAAUAAGUUAUAUAUUAGAAAGAAGAAUUGCUUAAUGUCACCACUGUACUGACUGUAGUGUCCCUACACUUGAACCUAUCGCCUGAAUUGAUCAGAAAUGCAUUUUGUAGUCUUUCAGCGAUAAAAAUGAAUUUCAAUGCUGUUCUAAUAUAAAAAAAUUACUUUUUACUUACGUUUGAAAAGAUGGCUGUAUCGCUUCUUAUGGAGUGUGAGCUUAAAACAACCAUGAGAUUCGCAUGUCGUCGACGGUGACAAAAUACGAUGUAACAUCGACAAUUACUCUUCUAUGCUAUGAAUGAAGCCUAAAAUGUUUACCAAGAGAUUCAAUCAAGAUGAAUACAUAAGGCAGGGCUUUGCUAUUAAUAAAUGUUAUUUGUAA